ACACGCUCGGAGGGUGCUUCGAUGACUGGCGCGCGCUGAUUGGCUGGAUGGAUGCGAUGCGCCGACUGCAUUGUCACUGCCGCUCAACUGCCGCUCGCGCUCUACGCUCUCUGUACUGUACGCUCUCUAAUAACCACUAGCCAGCAGUCAGUCGGCAGUGGACCCGCCCCAAGCUCCCUUCUUUACUUCAAGUAAUCCCCCAAGAUGUCGUUCCGCUUGCUUCAUGUGCUGAAGCCAUUUAUUGCGCUGAUGCCCGAGGUCGUCUCGCCAGAUCGCAAGGUUCAGUUCCGCGAGAAGGUCAUGUGGACCGCAAUCACGCUCUUCAUCUUCCUGGUCUGCAGUCAGAUCCCACUGUUCGGAAUCAUGUCUUCCGAAUCCUCAGAUCCCAUGUACUGGCUCCGUGUCAUCAUGGCGUCCAAUAGAGGAACCUUGAUGGAGCUGGGGAUAACUCCCAUCGUGACAUCCAGCAUGAUUAUGCAGCUGUUGGCCGGUGCCAAUAUCAUUGAGGUCGAUCACUCCCUCAAAGAAGAUCGCGCGUUGUUUUCGGGGGCUCAGAAACUGUUUGCAAUGGUGAUUGCGAUCGGUCAAGCGACGGUAGCGGUGUGGUCGGGAGUGUACGGAAAUCCCAAGGAUAUCGGACCAGCGAUCUCUGUUUUGUUGAUUCUUCAACUCUGCAUCGCGGCAUUGAUUAUCCUGUUGCUCGACGAGCUACUGCAGAAGGGUUACGGUCUUGGAUCCGGCAUCUCGCUCUUCAUCGCCACGAACAUCUGCGAAACCAUCAUCUGGAAAGCCUUUAGUCCCACCACCUACAACACCGGACGAGGAACGGAGUUUGAAGGAGCCGUUGUCGCAUUGUUUCAUCUCCUGUUCACCAGAAGUGACAAAUUCCGCGCGUUGAAGGAGGCCAUGUACCGCCAAAACCUGCCCAACCUCUCCAACUUGAUUGCGACCCUGGUCGUCUUUGCCGUUGUCAUCUACUUGCAAAGCUUCCGCAUCGACAUUCCCGUCAAGUCCAACCGCUACCGUGGGCAACAGGGCAACUACCCGAUCAAACUCUUCUACACAUCCAACAUGCCUAUCAUGCUACAGUCGGCGCUCGUUUCCAACGUCUUUUUCAUUUCCCAGCUUUUGUAUAAGAGAUGGCCGGAGAACUUGCUUGUCCGUCUUUUGGGCGUGUGGAAGAGCCCUGAAGGCAUUCCACAAGAACAAGCCGCCAGCGGAUUUGCCUACUACAUCUCGCCGCCCCACAGUCUCAAGGAGGCCUUCGUCGAUCCCGUGCACUUUGUCAUCUACGUCACAUUCAUGCUCUCCGCAUGCGCAUUCCUUUCCAAAACAUGGAUCGAGGUGUCGGGAUCGUCUCCGCGCGAUGUGGUUAGACAGCUGAAAGAGCAACAGCUGGUCAUGCGCGGUCAUCGUGAUCAGUCGAUGUACAAGGAGCUGAAGCGGAUCAUUCCGACUGCUGCGGCUUUUGGGGGCCUGUGUAUUGGGGCUUUGUCGGUUUCUGCUGACCUGCUCGGCGCUAUUGGGUCCGGGACCGGUAUCUUGCUUGCGGUUACCAUCAUCUACCAGUACUUUGAGAUCUUCCUCAAGGAGCAGUACGAAGAGGGACAAGCGAUGUUCUAGAGCCGCAUUGCUGCAAGCGAAAGAGGGAUAGCAGCCGGGCUCCUCCCAAUUAUGUAUUUGAACACGAUCGGCGCGAAGCUAGAGAGAGCCCUCGCAGCCAGGAAUCCUACGAGCGUCCGCCUAAACGCUCUUGACUCAUUGGCAGCUGGAUAUAGAACGAACACAGCACAGCAUCGGCUCACCUUGGCGCGCCACUUUUUUGGGCUGCAAGUACUCAGAUGGAAAUAACACGUCGUAUUUUCCCUGUUCCCAUGUACCAUAGUUCCAUGACAAACUGAUCCAUAUACAUCUUUCAAAAUAUCAAGGAAGCACACUACGUUGCGUGCCAUUUAGAUGCGUUACAUUGUUUACUGG